AAUAGGAAGCUGUUUUAGAAUUUUCAGCUCAUUUCAAGUUUUUCUUUUCUGCAGUUUGUGCGUGUUUUUAUCGAUAUGUUCCGUCUGCUGGUUCUUGCGGCCUGCCUGGCCAUCAGUGUCCACGCCUACUCCGAUGGUGCUCCAAAGGCCGCCUGCCGGGACCUGACACCCCAGCACGGAGCCAAGCUGCAGGUGACCAAGCCUCCGUACAGCAUCUCCGGACCCUCCCACGUGCGCUCGGAUCAGAAGCUGACCCUUACGCUGGGCGGCGACGAGUUCCUUGGCUUCAUGAUCCAGGCACGCGAUGGCCAGAACCGCGUCGUCGGCCAGUUCCAGGUGGUGGACCCCGUGCACUCGCAGACCCUGGACUGCUCCGGCAAGGACGAUACCAUCACCCACCUGAAAGCGCAAAAGGGCCAGCCGCUGACCGGCAUCACCUUCGAUUGGAUCCCGCCAGCAGGCUACAAGGGCAACGUGAAGUUCAUGGCCACCGUGGUGCAGACCGGAUUCGUCUACUGGGUGGGUCGCGUCACGAAGGACAUCGAUGUGGAGUAGGCGGUUCGCAGUGCUUGUGAUAGAGUUUUCAUGAUUUGUCCAAAAUCCAGCAGGUCUAUGUCUAGCGUUAUUGCUCCUAUUAGAUUUGGAGCGUAGUAUUUUUGAAAAUAAAGUCAAAAAGUUUGUUGAUAAAA